AUUUACCAGGGCGGCAAAGCUCGAACCGACGUACUCGAAUAAAUUGCAUCCAUGCAAAACGAGGGAGAGAAUGGGUUUUUUCCACUGCGUCGAACACGUCUCACCGAAUGCAAUAACACUUCUUCACGAUGUCGACUCAGCAGAAGAGCCGCCAUGACCUGGACGACAAGGCGCUCGGCCAGUAUCUCGUCACGCAAAUACCGAGCAUCAAAUUGCCCGUCCUCUCGACCAAGAUCGGCUAUGGGCAGAGUAACCCGACGUACUUUGUCGACGACGCUGCGGGCGUGAGGUACAUUCUGCGUAAGAAGCCAUCGGGAACGAUCAUCUCUCCCGUCGCGCAUCAGGUCGACCGGGAAUACAGAGUUCUCAAAGCGCUCGGGACCGUAAACGGAUUCCCGGUGCCCAAAGUAUACUGCUUGUGUAUGGAUCCGAGCAUCAUCGGCACCGCGUUCUACGUCAUGGAAUUCGUCAAAGGCCGCAUCAUCACGGAUCCAGACCUGAAGACGUUACCCAAGGAGCAAAGACGGGCCGCUUGGAUCUCGCUGGUGGAAACCCUGGCCUGGCUCCACAGCAUCGAUCCUGACAGCAUUGGCCUCCAAGGCUUCGGCAAGAAGACGGGCUUCUACUUACGCCACUGCAAUACUUUUUCACGGAUCGAGGCGCAGCAGGCCAAGGUCAAGGACAUCAAGACUGGCAAGGAGCUCGGCCGUGCGCAUCCGCGAUUCGACGAGGUCGUCGACUUCAUCCGCCAGAACCUGCCGGGUGAGCGGGCGUCCAUCGUCCACGGUGACUACAAGUUCGAUAACGUAAUCCUGCACCCCACGGAGCCCCGCGUCAUCGCAAUACUCGACUGGGAGCUGAGUACCAUCGGCCACCCACUGAUGGAUGCCGUCUACGUCGUCGGCCCGUACUGGAACCGCGCAAGUGGAAUCGGCAAGUCUGGCGGGCCAAGGGACGACCAAGGCGGCGUUGCCUACGACGACGAGAACCUAGAGGAGUCUGGCUUCCCGACCGAAAAGGAGCUACUGGACCGAUACACCAAGAUCACGGGCUGGGACCCGCGGAAGGACAAGUGGGAGGUCGCCAAAGUCUUCCACCUGAUGAGAGGUGCCACCAUCAGCCAUGGAAUCCAGGCACGAACUAUAAGCGGCCAAGCAAGCUCCGACUUCUCGCACCUGUAUUUCGAGAACACGAAACGAGGACUUGAAGCCGCGCUUGCCAAAAUAGAAGCCCUGAAGGCGGCGGAGCCGGCGACCAGCAGAUUAUAAACGUGGCAUACGUCUGUUCGGCGUCUUAGAAAAAAUAUGAAAGGGAGAAAAAAAAAACAAUAAAUCCUCAUUUUUAUGUAGAAGACCGUAUUGGUUUACAACUUUUCUCUGCUUCUG